AUGCCAAUGCUGAUCUCAGUUAUUGGUGCCACCGGCAUUCAGGGCGGCUCUGUGGUUGAAGCACUUCUCAAUGACGAUGCUUAUAGCGUGAGAGCCAUCACCAGAGACAAGACAGGUGCUGCAGCCAAAUCACUCCUUGACAAAGGAGUGGAGGUUGUUGAAGCCGAUUUGUAUGAUAUUUCUUCCUUGAAAACUGCAUUUUCUGGGUCUUUCGCCAUCUUUGCCGCCACCAAUUUCUUCCAAAAUUUCCCAACCCUCAGCGCGGACGCUGCGGUUGAGGAAGAGGCGACGCAGGGUAUCAACCUAGCCAGAGCUGCUAUUGCGACUUCUACCCUUGAGCACUUCAUCUGGUCAACUCUUCCAAACGCAUCCCAAGUGAGUGAGGGCAAAUCAUUCGUGCCUCACUUCGUAGGCAAGAACAAGGUCGAUAGGUACAUCAAGUCUCAGCCGGAGUUGUUACGCAAAACGACCUUCCUCUGGGUCGGAUUCUAUGCUUCAAACUUGCAAUAUCCUUUUUUCAAACCUUUCCCGGUCACCUCUGCUCUACCGAACAAGCACGUUCAGCUUCUCCCCGCUCCAUCAUCGGUACCACUUAACUUGGUUGGCGACGCAAGGACAAACGUUGGCCUCUUUGUUCAUGCUAUCUUGGAACAACCCACGAAGACUCUCCCGGGCAAAUUUGUCCUCGCAGUGACAGAUGUGAUGAGUACUGGAAAGCUUCUCUCUCUAUGGGCGUCUUCCAAGCAGAAGGAAGCAGAGUACGUGAUGGUUGAUAAACAAACCUAUCACAGGCUGUGGCCUAAAUGGGGGGAGGUGAUGGAAGCUAACUUUACAUACUUUGGUCUUGUUGGCGACAGAAGCUACUCAGGUGAGAAUGGAGUUCUCACAAAGGACGAUCUCGGAGUUGUUGGCUUGGUUGAUACGGCCAAAGCUAUAGAAAUCAUGGAAUACUAA